UAUAGAUAAGUGACAGGGCCGCUUGCCACACAGCGCGCCGUCUUUGACCUCUGCUUGUCCGUCUUGAUGCGCUGAAGACGCCAGUCACUCGUUGUUUUCUGUUUUCCAUUCAUUCGCUUCAUGAUUGUUUUCUGUUGACGAACUGAGACAUCACAGCCCGUUACACAUUCUCUAAUACACCAAGUCCAAUCGCUCCAAAUAUUCUUGCACGAUAUCAUUUCCGGUCGAAUCGAGUGCGUGUGACGGAAUCACAACAUGCGCUUCGCGGACAUUUUUGCUGCCUCGUUGGUAGCACCUCUGGUUGCUGCCCACGGAGGCAUACCUGGUGCGCCCAAAGUCUUCGGACUCGGUGGUGAAUUGAGGCAGAGGCGUUCUGUCGAUUCACGGGCAAGCAGACGGGUCGCUCAUCCUCGACUGAACGCUCGCCAGGGAGGGGACGCCGAGCAUCGCUGUGGUGCUGAGUUUGGAGGUGCUGUUUGCGCGCCUGGUUACUGCUGCUCUUCUGCUGGCUGGUGCGGCCAGGGUCCCGAAUUCUGCCAAGCUCCUGACUGUCAAUUCCAGUAUGGACCAGGCUGUGAUGCUAACCAGCUUCCGUCGGGAGGUAGCACCCGCCCCAUUCCUCGUCCCCAGCUGGGUAAUGUUCCGUAUGGUGGUGAGGGUGUCUACGCCUGCAGUGUGCCAGGAACUGUGGCUAUUACGUACGACGAUGGCCCGUACAUCUACACCAACGAUGUUCUGGACCAGUUCGCCGCGUACGGUUUCAAGGCGACCUUCUUCGUCACUGGCAACAACAUCGGCAAAGGCGCCAUUGACGACGAGACGAAGCCAUGGCCUGCCAUCAUUCGCCGUAUGAUCGCCGAAGGGCAUCAAGUGGCUAGCCACACUUGGUCUCACCAGGAUCUGGGUGCCAUCACGCAGGAACAGCGUAUCGAUCAGAUGGUCAAGAACGAGAUGGCCAUCAGCAACAUCAUCGGCAAAUUCCCCACUUACAUGCGUCCUCCUUAUUCAUCUUGCGCAGCCGGUACCGGUUGCCAGGAGGACUUGGAGAAACUCGGCUACGUCAUCUCCUACUUCGAUCUGGAUACUGACGACUACAACAACGUUCUCCCCGAGAAGAUCCAGAAAGCCAAGGACAACUUUGCGAAUCUCAUCAACCUUGGCAACCCACUUGCCAAUGAUUACCUUGCAAUUGCACAUGAUAUCCAUCAACAAACCGCGCUGAAUCUGACCGGAUUCAUGCUCGACUUCCUCGUCUCCAAGGGCUACCGCGGCGUCACCAUAGGCGAGUGUCUGGGAGAACCAGAGGCUAACUGGUACCGAGCCGCCAACGGCAGGGUCCCGACGUCGACCCCGUCGUUGCCCUCAUCGACCGUCACUUCAAGUGCUCCUACCGCUACCGCCACUGGCGUGACAGUUGACGGCACAUGCGGCGUUGCGAACGGUCUUUCCUGCAUUGGUUUCGAGGCUGGCACCUGCUGCAGCUCGUACGGCUGGUGCGGAUCCAGCGUUGAUCACUGCGGCACCGGAUGCCAGAGCGGCUUCGGUACCUGCGGCAGCCCUGCGAAUUCUUCGUCGGCAGCCUCGUCUUCGACUUCCGCCGCCCCUACCUCCGUGCCAACCGGACCUGCCAGCCCCGACGGCACCUGCGGCGGCUCCAAUGGGUACACCUGCAUUGGCUUCGAACAGGGCGAGUGCUGCUCGCAGUACGGCUGGUGGCCCGAUAGGAUUCUAACAUUACCAUUCAGCGGAUCCACCGCCGACCACUGCGGAACCGGCUGCAACCCUCUCUUCGGCAAGUGCGGCGACACCACGACGGGAGGAAACACGGACAAAGCAACUAGCACCCCUUCCGCUCCCUCUACACCUACACCUCCUCCCUCGAGCACCACCACCACUACAACCACCACAACCGCCGCCGCUCCCACAACCACAACAACCACAAAAACCACAUCCACCACGAAGACAACCACGACGAAAACAACCAGCACCGCGGCGCCCAAGCCCACUGGCCAGAAAUCCCGCGAUGGCACCUGCGGCGGUCGCAACGGGUACCACUGCGUGGGAUUCGUAUUGGGCGAGUGCUGCAAUGCGCAGGGCACGACGCGCACGGGGUUCUGCGGCGCGACGAGGGAUAAUUGCGAGAAGAAUUGCAAUCCUGCGUAUGGGAAGUGCGGGAAGGAGUAUGUCUGGGGUGCGCGGGUGCUUAGGGGGAUGGGGUGGGGAUUGUAA